AUGGAGGACGACGCGGAAGUGCUUGACUGGGGGCACGAGGACGACGAACAGACCGCCCAGCGCGGUCCAGAGGACGCAGAAGACGCAGUUUCGCUCGGUGGCGACGAAGACGACACGCAGGAUUACUAUGCGUACCAGGCCUCGGAGCAGGAGGACACAAAGGCUGCCUCUCAGACUUCAAACCCUCAGUCUAGGCGGGAGUCGUAUGGGUCGAAGCAGUCGAUGGCGCCCCAGCGCGAGCCGGACUCGCCCCAGCUGCGACGUUCUCAGUCUGUGGGCAAGCUCACUCAUGCGCUUCCUCCAAAGCCUGUCCUGUCUGUGGCACCAGUGCAUCCCUCUCCUGCUCAGGCAAGCACUUUGGCAAGCUCCAUGAUUCAGCGCGAGCCGCGAGCGAAUGGGCACGGGAAGCCUACCUCAGGCAGCAAUCAGGACGCGCUACCUCCAGAUUGGGAACUCCGACAAGCUAGAAGUGGUGGAGGCGAGCAGUAUUUUUACAACACCAAGACGCACGAGUCCACCUGGACUCGACCGGUGAGCGACAAGUCGUCACCGGUAAAGGACAGA